AUGGCAUCACCGAGCAGAGAAUCCCGAAUCAAAGGCUCCAUUUUUGGCGUAGCCACAGUCGACGCCCUCGGGGGACCUGUCGAGUUUUUGCCCAGGGGCAGUUUCCCGAAGGUCACCGGUUAUCAACAUAACAACACAUUCAAUGUGCCUGCAGGCAAGGGCAUCUUCAACCCUCAAGCUGCUCUACAAAAUUACAUUCGGUGGUGGAAAGAAGGGUACCUGUCUGCCACCGGCUACUGCUUCGAUGUGGGCCAUGCGACCGUGAAGGCGUUGGCAUUAUGGAGGAAAUUCUUUGCACUGCUAGAAAAGGGUGGCCGAAAGGAUGGUUUUGAAGACGAGCAGCUAGUCAUUGAUGGUGCACUAAAGUACGAGAACUUCUGCGGCAAUGGCUCGCUGAUGCGCGUCUCACCCGUAGGGCUCGUGUAUUCCCAUGAUCUCCAACUUGCCCUCUCGGUUGCUGCGCGCUCCUCAAGGGUAACCCAUCCCUAUCCGACUUGCACUGAAUGUUGUGAACUAUACACGAGGCUCAUCGUGAGCGCUAUGAACGGCGCCGGCAAGGAAGCAAUUGCCGAAGAGCUGUCCAACGUCCCAUUCAACGACUCAAAAGUCGCAGAGCGAUUCUGCAAGUAUACCAGCAUCAAGGAUUGGGAAACCAUGGAAGAAAGCGAUAUCGAUUCCACUGGGUAUGUAGUUUCCACCAUGGAGGCGGCACUGUGGAGCUUUUUUACCACGAGUUCGUUCCAAGAUGGGGCGUUGAAGGUGGUGAAUUUGGGCCAGGACGCUGACACGGUCGGUGCCGUGUAUGGAGGACUGGCGGGGGCAUUCUAUGGGUUUGAAAAUAUUCCCUCAGAAUGGGUUCAAGGUCUUCAGAGAAAGGAUGUCGUGGGCGAAAUUUCGUCUGGUCUUGCAGGCCUCGUACAAGAUGACCAUGUAAGCACAUGA